AUGGCACCCCGCUCUAUCCCAUACACCCAGCCAGAUAGACGGCACAAACCUGCAUCUGGCUACACCUCUCGCCAUCGCUCUACGAACCGCCCCGCGUACCUUGACACCAAUGCUCAUCACACACUUUCUAGGGCUUCCCGCUACUCCGGCUCACGCUAUGACGGCGAUACUCGCAAUAGAUCAAGAUCCCGUGAUCGUUCCCCUGGGGAUAGGUACAAUGACCGCGCGUCUCAAUAUAGUGAUGGGGGGCCGCGGAGAGCAUCAGGAGAGAACCGCGCCAACUCGGCAUUUCAGACGAAUCGCGACAGCUUUCGUGACACUUUGCCGAGGGAUACCCCCAGAGGUCCUCGUGCCUUGUUAGAUGCACCAAGCGGGCCGCGCGGGGGUGGCAUAUCCGGCGACUUUCGUGGACGGGGCCGCGGCCGCGGCCGUGGCUGGCGAGAUGACAGUCGCGACAGAGGCAGAGAUCGUGAUAUUGACUUUCGGGACAGACGUGACUCGACAUACCGUGAUGAACGUAGUCGAGAACGGGAAAGAGAUUGGCGGGACAGGGAUCGCGACAGCUUUCGAGGUCGUCGGCCGUCGCCUCGUGGCAGAUCCCCUCCCGGCAGAGACUUUCGCGACUUGAGAGAUGCACCCUUGGGUGUCGAUGCGGAAAGAGCGCGACGAGGCUCGAGAGAUGGACCUUUGUCUGCUGGAUCCUCCAACUCGGAUCCCCCCUUUGGACCCUCGUCGUAUCGUGGUGGAUUUGGUGGUCGUGGCCGGGGGCGUGGCCGUGGUGGCGACCGGGACAGAGGCCGUGGUAGAGGCUUUUAUGACGACAGAGAUCGAGACAGGUACGGGCCCGGGGCUCGGGCGCGUUCCCAAGAAGGACGUUUCCGCGAUCGGGAUGAUCGGGAUCGAGAACCGCGGUUCUUCGACAAUGACAGUCGCCCACGCGACCUCCGGGACGAGCGUGAUCUUCGGGAGCGUGAAAACCGUGCCAAGAUGGAACGCACCUCGCACGAGCCACCACCUUCGAGCCGAGAUGUGUCGCCGCCACCCAUUGCGCCCGCUGCACCUUCAUUUGGGUCCAUACCAAAUCGAACUGCGUCCAUCUCCGAUGCAACAGCCCCUACAGCUAAUAAGGCACCUCCAACCGGCCCGCGUGCUUUGAAGGACGAGCGCCCUCUCCCUCCAGGCCCUGCCACAAACAGCGAUGCACGGCCGCCGCCCACUGGCCCUUCAAAACCGCCAUUUGCCGAUGGUGCACCUCCAAUACCUUCAGGUCCCCGUGCUCACGGCUACACUCACACGCCCAGAACUGGUCCUUCAUCAAAGCAGUGGAUCAAUCCGAAUUUGAAGGGUGGACCAGAGUCUCCAAAAAUGAACAGGUCUCAGGGUUUCGUCCCAAGCCGCUUUCCAGGGUACCGUCCUGAGAGUUCAAGUUCAGACCAACCUACAGACCCUGAUCGGCGGCCACGCAGUAGUGAUGCUCAAGACUCUUAUGAUCGGAUGGAUGGCCAGAAUCGCGAUGUGCAUAUGCACGACGUCGAUGAUCAUGAUCGCUAUGCUCGGAGGCCCCGGUCCGCCGGCUCUUUCGAUCGCGAAUAUAGACAGCAAAUAUCCCCCACGACAGUGCUGCCUGAUUCUGCGCGCUCCCGAGAUCCGAACGACCAUGGCUUGAGAGAAAACAAAACCAUCGAAGAGAAGACAUCAAGGCCAGUGGUUGACGUACCGAGGACGCAUAUUGAAUUCAAGCGUUCACUAAAGCAUGGAACGAUCACACUCCCGCGGAAGCAGCCAAAGGCCACAAUACUGGAUCAAUCAUCGGAAUCAGACGACGAAGAGUUUGAACAUGUUAUCGAGACUAAUCUUCUUGAAGCGGAAACAAACCUUAAGAAACUAGAAGUUAUCGAGGAUGCUGGUUCUACGGACGUUUUAGUUCGCCAUUCAAUCCUCUCCUUGGAAGCUGCCGACAAACUCGCUACGGACGCGGAGGGUCUGCAGUCUAUGAUUGGAGCUGUACCCGAAACCCCAGAGGUAGACAAAGUUUUAGAGGACUUGGUGGAGCUAAAGGCAGAAACACCAAAGGAUGGUCCAUCCCCUGCUCCUGCUCCAGAGCCUGUGACUUCGACUGCUGAGCCGGAAAUCCAACAGCCCGAGAAGAUAGUGCCUCACAUCGUUGCUCCUUCGUUGCCACCCGUCCCUGAACUUCCACACCCAUCAAUCGAGGAGGAUGUUGAGAUGAUAUCUGCUGAAGGUCAUGCCAUUGAGGAACCAGAAGUUAAGGAACCAGAAGCCAAGGCACCAAAGACGGAUGACCAAGAUGUAAUUAUGGAAGAUGUUGCUGACACUGUCAAGUCUGCACUUGGGUCACAACUGGAGGUACCUCGUGUCAAUGGGCUCAAGUCCCCACGGUCUCACCCAUCCUCGGUUGGUCCUGAAGAAGAGUCGGCUCUGUCAAAGGAGGAAAGCAAGCAGGGUACAUCGACCCCUUCGCCCCCCGAGGAUGAUGAUGAAACGGAUGUUGACGAGGACAUUGACCUUCGGACUGUCGAGACAGUUCGUGUUCAUAUGAUGACCCCGCCUCUGGACUCGUUGCCAGACUUCAACGAAGUGCCGUGGUUUCAGGACCAGCCAUUUGUCAAAUCUCUCGAGUCUCCUCAGCCAGCCUUGAACAAUUUCAUUCUCAAGCGGAUGAAUGAAGAUGCUCAUGAAGUCGGUACGGAGCAGUCAAAACAAAGAAAGUUGUAUGAGCACGACUACGAGGCUUAUCUUAGAUUUACCAUGUCAGACGACCCUGUGGCCGUGCAGAGCCGAGAAAAGUUUACCUACAUACCCGGAGCUUCGGACGUUCCCGUGCAGAAACCGGGAUUCAACAACGAGGGCACCAAACCUGAGUCAACUAGGCGUAGUAGAUAUGCUACAGAGCGCGACAUGGAAAGAAUUCUGGAAGAGUCCAGGCGGCAAGAAGAAGAAAAGCGCGAGCGUCAACUGCGGGCCGAGAAGGAAAAGUAUAGAAGCGAAAAGGAGGCCAUUAUACCCGACCAAUUCCAGACGCAGCAAGAAAAGGACAACCAGUUUUAUGUUGACGAAACAGGGCGAACCAACCCAGAAAAGGUUAUCGCUGCAUGGGAGGUUCUGCCACCGACCCAGAAUUUCAGCGAAGAAGAAGUUAAGCUCUUCGAGAAGGCUUACAUGGAAUUCCCGAAGCAAUGGGGCCGAGUUGCCAAUGCGCUGCCGGAACGAGAUUUUGGCACCACCAUUCAAUUCUACUACCUUUCAAAAGGCAAGGAAAACCUCAAUCUCAAGGAGAAGCUUAAGCGCCGGCCGCGGCAGCGAAGGAAGCGCAACGGCAAGGGUCGUUCCAGUGCCCUCGUAUCAGAGCUCCCUGAGCAUGAAGAGUCACAGGAUACCGGUGAAAAUGGGGAGAGACGUCGGCCUCGACGCGCUGCAGCGCCUACCUUUAAUUCCGAGGCUACCCCUGCAGCAGACAGCGAGAAUGCGACUGGUGCCUCAACUCCUGGGCGUAGAGGAAAAACUGGCGACGGAACAGAAAAACCCAAAGGUCGUGGCCGCAAGGCCAGGGACAAGCAAGAAAAGCAAACGAGAGCUAACCAAACGCUUGCUGCUGGGCCUCCUCCGACUACCAGCAAAGGUAAUCGAUCUAGAUCUAGCUCCAGGGUUCAGACCUCGGAAUGGGCUACGACCCAACCACCUCCUGCUGAUGCUUCCCAAAUCGCUUCGGCCUUUGAAUUAGGUUCUGGUGGUAUGCAGGCAGCCGCUGUCUCCAUACAACCGCCCUUUACAGCUGUGCAACCACUUCGUAGCCCGGAACGGACAGUCAUACCCACAACAGUGCCAGACAUGGCUCCUCCCUUGCGCCCUGAACCGCCCCAGCCUGGGGUUGUGCCCUCAUUCGAGGUCACUCAACAACGCCCAGCGACAGAGCGAAAGGCAGGCUCAUCAGCUUCGAGCUAUUGGAGUGUUUCCGAAGCGACAGAUUUCCCCUUUUACCUUUCGGCAUUUGGUAGUGAUUGGCACAAAUUGUCCUCGCAUAUGGGCACCAAAACUUCGGUGAUGGUCAAAAACUAUUAUCUCAGGCAGAAGGAGAACGGCAAGAAGGACUGGGAAGAGCGUGUCCGCGAGGCCGAUGACAAGAAAGCGAGGGGCGAGAAACUUCCUUUUCCGCCGCCUCCUACCCCACCAGUCAAGAAGGGCAGAUUCGACACGACACCGCUGAACCGAACUCUAGUUUCGGAUACCAUCAUGGAAGACGCUCCACCGCCCAAGAUUGAACCACCAGCAGUCGUGCAGCCUAUGACUGGCCGGUUUAAUGUUCCAAUCGCUGCACAACCUCAACAAGCAGCCAUAAUGCAGUCGUCUCCCUUCAGCCAACCUGCCUCAACCGGGGUGCCUGCCCCUGUACAAGCUGCGACGCAGCCACUUGGUCAGCCUGUUGUUUCUCAAACGAUGUCUCCGUCAAACAGACCUCUUCGUGCUCCAUUUGGAUAUCCUGAGAGGGAACGCGAGGUUCUGCAGACACCCGUGAGAACCUCGCUUCCAAUGCAAGCACAGGCGCAAAUGACGCCGGUAUCUGAACCUCCCUCUAUGCGGCAUCCAUUACCUGGUUCCGCAGUUGUCGAGGCUCCUGUCGAGAGACAGAAGAUGGAAGUCAAGCCUCCCAAAGAGCCAAUCAUCCAGGAACGUACGCCACUUCGGGUUGUCAAGCAAGAGCCUGAUGCGCCAAUUGAUCCUUAUUCUCGUGUGGAUCCAUACACGUUACCACAGCAGCCGAGCCAUAUUGUCGCCCGAGAAAGCAUGCCCAUGUCAAGAGCCCCCGAGCCUCCAAGGACUGCUGCUUCAGUUCCGCCCCAGGUGGUAUCGUUCGGCAGCAUUCUCCAUCAGCAGCAGCAGCAACAACAACAACAACAACAACAACAACAACAGCAGCAGCAGCAGCAGCAGCAACCACCUGUCCGCGGUGGUAUGAUGACUGACAUGCACCCUUCUUCGCCAGCCCCGCCUCGACCUCUUUCAACUUUGUCGCGGCCUGGUAGCGAUGUGGGCGUUCUGCCAGAGUACACCCGUACACCUCCAAUGCAAUCUACUCCACCAGUGGCCCCCCCGCCGGUGGUAUCGUCUAAGCCCAAGACUAGCAAUAUCAUGUCCUUAUUGAACGAUGAGCCUGCUCCGCCUAAAAGGCUUUCCGAGGUGCCUUCUGCCAUGAAACCAUCCGCCACUCCACCUCCGGCUAGUAGUCUGUCGCGGCCGCCCCCGGCUCCUCCGGCCCCAACGCAGAUGCGGCAACAAGCGCCUCCCAUGGCGGAUGCCCAAGCUUAUGGACAUUUCGGGCGUCCCCCGCCAUCAGCGCCUUCGUCGAUGCCUGCCUUGAAGCCGUACACGGCGUCUCCACAGACUCAGCCCAUGAGUACACCACGGCACAUUGCAAUGGAGUCCCCAGCCGAGCGUCCGGAACGAGAUUUCUAUAGGCACCAGCGGCAAUUUUCAUCACCUCAUCAAGCACAUGCAAUCUCGCCACAAGCAGUGCAGCCGUACCCUCCUCCUACGCCCUCUGGGCAAAUGCCAUAUCAAUCACAGCCAGCCUACCCAUAUGGAGCACCAGCACCACCACCUCCCUCUGCAGCAUCUCCGCCUCCCCAGUAUGGCGGUCACCCGUCAGUCCCGAGAGGCCACGAGCCUCCCCCUGCUCCUGUUCGAGAGAUGGGCUGGCCAGGCCCACAUUCAAGUCACGGUAUGCAGCAGCAACAGGCACCGCAACCGCAGCAAGGCUGGGCGCCAAAGUCUGCACAGCCGCCCCCGGCGCAGUCUGCGUGGGCGGCUCAACAUGCGGCAUCGACACCAAAGCCUCCACCACCAAGUAGCUCUGUGCCACCGCAGCCAACAUGGGCCGCGCCUCGCACUCACGACCCCCGCGAUGCGUUGAACCUCCGCGACGCCCGGGAUACUCGCGGGGACCCCCGUGAUAUGUAUCAUCAGCCUCAUCGAAGUAUGCAACCCCCAAUGCAGACACCUUAUGCGCCUGCUUCGCGUGCGGCUGAGCCGCCGCCGCCGCAGCCCCCAUCGGCUUACCCACGAUAUGCCAACACUCCUGUACCAGGUCGAGAUCUUCGCGACCCCGGGCCUCAAAGGAGUUAUACCCCCAAUCCUUAUGAUCACAGGGGGGCAUAUCCGCCGCCCCCGCAGGACAUGCGUGAGGCACAGCUUCGUGAGCAGCAGCAGCAACAGUCCAUUCUGCACCAGCAGCUCCGACCGCAGGAACCACCGCAAAGCAUGUACGAUCGUAGACUCGACAGAUAUGGCCGCUAG